AUGGCAGUUUACUGGUGGCCCUCUUCCAUGGUUUCUCUGCUAGAGAAAUGGAUGAGGAAUUUUAUUUGGACUGGUGAUGUGGAUACUUUAAAGGCAAUCAUAGUCAAAUGGGACAAAGUCUAUAAACCAAAAGAGGAAGGCGGUCUAGGCAUUAGACGUCUGCGUGAUGUUAAUUUGGCCCUUCUUGCUAAGCAAUCAUGGAACAUUAAGCAUGGAUCAUCCAGAAUGAGUGAUUUUCUUAAAGCUCGUCAUCUUGGAGUAGACAAAUGGCUUGGUGAUUUGUCUAUUAAGGAGCAGUUGAACCCUGAGGAAAGUUUUUUUUCUGAUUUUAAUCUCAAAGUGGCUGUUGUCAUAUCAAACUUCAGUUUUCCUCUUGUCUCAUCUUUAUUCAUGCAAAAUGUCUUCACAACUGCAGAGAGUAUUAAUCUCCCUCAAUGUGAGGUGGAAGAUAGAUGUAUGUGGAGUUGCACGUCUUCUGGUGUGUUCUCUUCAGCCUCUGCUUGGAAUGAAAUUCGUCGCCGUAAUCCAAAAGUUCAUUGGUACUCUUUAAUUUGGAAAGCUCAUCUUCAGCCACGGCAAGCUCUGUUUGGGUGGCGUGUGGUGAAUGGAAAACUCCCUACAGAUGAUUUAAUCAAGUUAAAGGGAGUUUUUCUUCCUUCCCAGUGCUCCUUAUCCCAAUCUGCUAAGGAAAGUAUUUUUCAUAUUUUCCUUCAAUGUAGUUUCAGUAUGGAAAUAUGGAAGAAUUUUUUGAAGUGUUUUGGUGUGUCUUGGAACUCCCAUGCUUCUGUUCUUGAUCUUGCUAUUUGGUGGAAAAGAAAGCAAAGAGGUUUGGCUGCUAAAGAGCCUUGGCUGGCUGGUUUUGUCUUAAUUUUAGACAACAUUUGGAAAGAGAGGAAUGACAAGCGCUAUGAACAAAGAAUGAGAUCUCCUUCUCUGGUCUUUAAAUUAGUAAAAAGUGACCUCCAAGAGGUAGAUAUAAAUUUGUCAAGGUUAGCGAUUUAG